CUACAGUUGGAGUCUGAGGCGACUCACAGAGCCGUCACCAUUGCCAACAGGGCUCGCUGUCCGAUCUACCUGGUGAAUGUGUCCAGUAUGGCUGCUGGAGACAUGAUCAGUGCUGCUAAGAUGCAAGGUAAGGUAGUCCAUGCAGAGACCACUGUAGCCCAUGCGGUGCUGAACGGGAUGCAGUAUUACCACCAGGACUGGUCACAUGCCGCCGCCCACGUCAUCGUCCCUCCUCUUCGCCUCGACCCCAACACACCCAGCUACCUCAUGGGCCUGCUGGGCAAUGACACUCUGAGCGUCGUGGCAUCAGAGCACCGUCCAUUUAGCACCAAGCAGAGAGCUUUGGGCAAAGAGGACUUCACCAAGAUCCCUCAUGGAGUUGCUGGAGUCCAGGACAGGAUGAGUGUCAUCUGGGAGAGAGGAGUGGUGACAGGAAAGAUGGACGAAAAUCGUUUUGUGGCAGUGACGAGCUCUAACGCUGCAAAGAUCUACAACCUGUACCCUCGCAAGGGCCGCAUCAUCGCCGGGGCAGAUGCCGAUGUGGUGGUUUGGGAUCCAGAUGCAACAAGGACAAUCUCUGUGAGCACGCAGGUGCAGGGCGGAGACUUCAACCUGUACGAGGGGCUGCGCUGCCACGGCGUUCCUCUGGUCACUAUCAGCCGCGGACGUCUGGUGUGCGAGAACGAUGCGUUCAUGUGCGCAGAGGGAUCUGGAAAGUUCUACUCUCAGCGCACUUUCCCUGACUACCUCUAUAAAAAGAUGGUGCAGAGAGAAAAGACUCAGGCUUACAAAGGAGUCGACAGGGAUCCAUACUCCGGUGACGUGGCCAUGGUGGCGAACACCAUGAAGAAGGAGCUCGGUUUGGGCCCAAUCGAUGGAGAUUCAUCCAACAAGCUCGUUGCUCGGGCGCACCAGGGCGUCCGAGACCUUCACGAGUCGUCCUUCAGCCUCUCUGGCUCCCAGGUGGAUGACCACAUCCCCAAGAGGUCCUCGGCUCGGAUCCUGGCCCCUCCCGGCGGUCGCUCCAGUGGAAUCUGGUAAUCGCCGGUGACGACCUCCAACCGUCCGAGCCUCCUCCAUGUUUUGUAUAUUUCUGAGCAACCAGGAAAACUGCACUGAUUUUCAAUCGCAGGAUUUAAGUUGAGAGGGGAAAAAUAAAUUCCAGCACUUUGUCUGUGAUUAUUGACAAACUAACUGAAGAUUUGCCAAAGUGACUUUUACAAAUCUAAUUUGUGUCUUAAUUGGAGUGACUGAUCUGAUUAAUUGAGAGUGAAGGGCUACCUAUGAAUUUACAUGUUCUGCCAAAUUCAAGCUGACCAUGCUAACAUUGAUAAAGUCUGCUCAUUAUCACCCUGCUCGUAUCCCGUGAAAAAAACGAAACAAACUGUGAAAGAUCAAAACCAGUACAGUUUUUUAAGGUUUGAACUGAAGUGAUGUCGAACGAAUUAUUUAAAAAAAAAUAGUCAAACUGCAUUCAGUGACAUAUCUAUUAAACCCCCGUCACACACACGCGUACACUGUAGACAGCAUAGCUUUAGACUCAUACGACGAUGUGUGCGUGGAUUCUGUUUGUGAUUAAACCGCCCGCUGUGCUCGGCUUCCUGCGGCGCGGCGGGUUUCCUCUAACAGUGUUUUUGUUUCCGAUGGACGAAUCUGUGCUGUGUGGUGAUGAAAUCUAACUGCUUUGUAAAACAGUGUGAUCUUACAGCUGCACUCUCAUCCACCCAACUCCACUGCCUCUGACUGGAACAACACAUUUCCCACAAACAUCCCAGCCUCACCUGUAACAGAGCAGGUUCUGUAGCCUGAGUGGAAUAAUACAACCCGUGGGCUUUACACUCUGGUCCCACGACAGCUGCUGUCGUGGAAACCUCCGCUUGUGUCGUGGCGUCUAUCGACCUCGCAAAGCGCUCGAAGCCCUGAGGAGAAGUCAGUUCAGUUUCUUAAAGAAGGAUGUUGAGCAAGUGAUUUAAAGAUCAGAGUGAAAACAUAAACAGAAGAAUCGUUGCUGCUGUAAUUAGAGCUCAUUUAACUGUUACAGUUUGACUGCUGGGAACACCAGGGUCCUUAUUUAUCAGACUGUGAGUAAAACAAAUUGAAAUCAAAUAUGCACAGUUUUAUACACAAAUGUUCCUUUAAAUUGUAUGUGUGAUUACCAGUGUCUGUGAACAGGCUGAGCAGCGUUAAAGCACAGUCAGCCAUUUUUUAUAUUUUUAUUACUGUCAACAAACCCCAUGUUGUCGUCGGCACUUCAUCAGACUGUUUGAGUCUCAGCUCUGAGCUCGUGUUAGGGAUCGAAAGUUAAUUACAAUGCGUGCAAAGAAAAGUGUUGUGUGAUGUACUUCACGUGUAUUUUUAAAGCUUUUUAAAAAUAUUUUUGCUCAAUGGCACUGAAUUAACAACAUGAGGCUUUGACUGUACUGAUGAUUUGUUAAUGGGACCAAUUUAUUGCUGGUUUUAGUCUUUUUUUAUUGGGAUUUAUCGACAGUAAGAAAAAUCUAGAAUAUCAACAGACAUAUCCUUUAUUUAAAUAAAAUCAGGAUGAGUGUCAAACUCUGUUUUUGUAGAAUAAAGUGUGAUUGUUGUAAGAGCAGCGUGUCUCCUCAGAGCAGAAGGAUUGAGCUGCACAGGCUGAAGAAAACCACUGGUCUCAUUCCUGCCUCACAGUAUUAUAUUUAUACAUGAUCACACAUCCUUGCCUGUGUACUAUCUAUUUAGGGUGUUUGUUUUUAUUUUUUAGUUGAAAGAAUAAAUGUGCCAAUGUGAAUCACCCGUGCCACAUCGACACCCAUGCAUGAAGAGCACCACGAGGAGACGGAGGAGUUGAACGACACAGGUUCACAACAACUGGUGCUUUUUUUUACGAUAACCUACGACGGCUACGUUAUUUUAUUGUUGGACGGUUUUGUUGUGUUGAAGGCACUGUGACUGGUCAGUGUGUGUUUGUAGACUCUUGUUGUGUUGGACAGUGAACCUGUUGAAUCUAUACAUGGCUGCUUGUUUCUUACCACAAGAAUAACAGCAAAGAAUAAAGUGAAAACAAAACCUC